AUGUCUUUCAACCUUUCAUCAACGCCUAUUUCCAUCCGACCUUCAACCGUCGAGCUGAAAAACAGCUUCCUCAAUCAACGUAACAUUGAGAUUGCAAUCCGCGCGCUCUCUCGCGACGGCCUUGUGGUGCUCGAGGAUAUGGUUGACCACGCCGUUCUGGAUCGGUUGAAUGAGAAAAUGGUCAAGGAUGCAUAUGACCUACAAGCCAGAAAAGAUAGUCCGUUCAACUACAACAAGGGAAACAUCCAACAGGACCCACCGAUGACGGCGGAAUGGUUCAGCGAUGAGAUAUACAUCAAUCCUAUCGUUACCCAGGUCACAUCUACUUGCCUGGGUCCUAAGCCAUCGCUGCAUUUUGUUUCUGGCAAUACGGCGCUUCCUCCAACUGAAUCUUCGCCUCCAGCCUCGCAACCUACUCAUAACGAUGCUGACUUUGAACACUCUUCAAUUCCAUUCGCUCUAGUCGUCAACGUUCCCCUGGUGACCAUGACGCCAGAGAAUGGUUCUACGGAGGUAUGGCUUGGUACCCACAACGGCACCACCAUUGCCGAUCAAGAGGGAGUUCAUGGAGAUCGCGCCAGUGGCAGGAUCAAAGCGCAUCUGCUCGAGUCGAGAAGGGAGACACGACCACCUUCGCAGCCUGUCGUCAAGAAGGGCAGCAUCAUCAUCCGGGAUCUGCGACUCUGGCAUGGAGGAAAGCCGAAUCUUAGCACCGAGCCAAGAGUCAUGCUUGCGAUGAUUCAUUUUGCGCCGUGGUAUCGCAACCAAAUGGAGGUGGAAUUCUCAGACGAGCUCACCACGCGAUUGACCCUGGAGAAAACUGGAUUGCACGUUGCUGCCAAGUUUGUGACGAGCAAGCAGUUGCAGGACAACUACUUAAACCGGCCAUAUGGUAAUGCGUACGACUUCAACCAGAUCGAGCAGAUUGAAGGUGUUUUCUGA